AUGAAUAGGUGUAAAACAUUGGGGAAAAUAAAGAAGAGACUUGAAGAAGCCAAAAACAAGUGGUCAAGGCUGAGUAAGCCAGAGUUCUGCUACAAUGAGAGUGCCAGGUUGGCGACGGAUGCCCUCUUGGAUGGUGGAUCCGAUGACUUCCAUAAGGUCCUCACAGAAGAAGGAGAGGUGGACUUCUUAUCGAAGCAAGAGAUCCAAUACAUAUUGGACAACGUGAAACAACCGUACUAUGCCAAUGAAAGCCUCACGGAGAACGGUGAGAACGGGUCGGUGCAUAAUGGGAAUCAUUCCCACAAGUCCGAGAGUUUUUACCCCACUAAUUCUGAUAAGAGUAUGACCACCACGCCGCUCCACAACUGGAGUUCAGAGGAGAAGCCCUACCUGAAGGACAAGUCCAGUGCCACUGUGUACUUCCAAAGCGACAAGACCAAUAAUAUUAGGGAGACCGUCAGGAGGAGUAUACACCGGACUGGUCAGGUCAUUGCUAUAAUGAUGGAUGAAUUCACCGACGCCGAGAUAUUCUGCGAUGUAUUAGAAGCUGCGAACAAAAGGAACGUGUUUGUCUACUUACUCCUUGACGUCAGCAAGUUACAGCUGUUUAUGGACAUGUGCGAGAAACUACAAGUCAAAGACGUGCACCUCAAGAACAUAUCCGUCAGGAGCGUAAGCGGAGAAGUCUACUGUGCAAAGUCUGGCAAGAAGUUUUUCGGCCAAAUUCAUGAAAAGUUUAUUAUAUCUGACUGGAGGUUUGUUCUCUCUGGAUCGUACAGCUUCACAUGGCUUUCUGGGCAAGUUCAUAGAAACUUUUUGACCAAGUUUACUGGACAUGUGGUUGAGUUAUUUGAUGAGGAGUUCAGACAUCUCUAUGAUUCGUCCAAGCCAGUGAUGGGAUUAAAGUCUCCUGCCCCAAUGAAGCCAGUAUUAAGAAGAGAGGGCAGCGCCAUGAGCACCAUGACAGACAGCAGCACCCAGGAGAGCACAAACACUACCUCGGACCUUCUGAGCAGCUCUCCAGCUACCAGUAUCUCCCAACUUUCCCAGCAUCCCUCGUCCCCUUCAACUCCAACACCAUCCCCAACUAUGUCUCCACUUCAAAGGAUGAAUUCCUUCCAUGGAUACACCGCCUUGAGAUCUCCUCCACCUCAAACCAACUACCAAGUGAACUAUUAUCAGAGGAGUUAUGCACCUGAAAGCCCCACACAACUGUUCAGCAACAAUAACAACAUUUACCGCUCGAUGAGAACCCGUAGAGAAGACUUCACUCCACCAUCGAGGUUUACCCAAGGAUGGAGAUUUUUCUCCAAGCCAACAAUGACUUAAGACCUACUAUUAUUAGGUAGAUGCACAGACUGCACUUAAAGAAUGCAAAAAAAAACAAAAAACUAACAAUGUGCAAUGUAUAUGACUCUAUUGUGAAGAUGUGCUCCACAAAAAGGAACAAUUCUGACAUAUCCAAAACAUCUUAAAGUGUUCGUAUAAUGUGGCCAAAAAGUAUUAAUUUGGUGAUUUCCCAUUUUGUACUUUUAUAUGUAUGCAAAAAUGUGUUCUCUUUGGACUGUUGUUGAAAGUCGAGUUUGUAAGUUACCACCAUGGGCGCCAUGACUAUAAUAUAAGGUCAUGACGGUCUGCUCUCUAAGUUGGUACCUUAUUUAUGAAACUUUUCUAUACAGUGACUUAUUGUACAGUGACUUAAUGACCCAUCCAAGUCUUCAAAGUUGAGUGGCAGUAUAAUGAGUUGAGUGGCAAACCAUCUAUCAUACUGAGUUUGCAAUCUUCCACUAACCUUAGCUUGUGUUCAAUGAGGCUCAUAUGGAUCAUAUGCAGUGAGCCCAGGAGGGGAAAGUUAGCAGUUGUGGUAGUGGCAAGGAUAGGGGUGGUAGCUCUUGUGAUGGCAGUCAUCACUCUGGCACUCCCUGGGCUAUGCACUGUUGGGAGAGCACACUAUUCUUCCCUAAACUUUUGGGUACCCCUGCCUAGGUGGGGUGUCUUUGAUGGUGGAUGCUUGGCAGGGUGCGAGGCAGGAGGGCAGCUGUUGGCCCAACUAAUGGAUGGCAGAAUCAGUGACCAGGCCUCUUUAUUGAAUAAAUGAUUGGAGUUGCAGUACGUAGAGUAGCAAUAGGCACAGUUCCGAAGUAUGUUACAGAGUAUGCUCUUCAAUAUAGACAUGUAUAGGCAACAGCAAUAAUGGUAUUAAUCCUCCCUGAGUCUCUCUCUAAAUAUACUUUAUAAGCUUCCCAAAUAACCACAGGUCUGCAAUGCAUUCUCAUUAACUUGAUCUGAAAUUCCCAGUCUGCAGGAUGAAGAACUUACGAUAAAUCCGGUUAGUCCAUCUCAAAGUGUGGCGGGUGUAGGCAAUUAUCCCUUUCUGCAUCAGUAAUGCAUUUUGCGAUAAACAAGCAUUACCUUACUGUCAUAGCCCAAGCACAGCCUUCAAGUGAUUCUCAACCCUACUCAGGGGUAGUUUUUCAGUUCAGUUGCUUCUCUGCCAACUUUCAGUCUCAGGGUUGAAGGUUCCCUGGAGUAGGCCUAGAUUUCAGGAGCUCACUCGUAUACUUCCUCACUCUAGGACUGAUUAGCUUAGACUCGCUAACCAAUGGGGUGGGACCAGCCCAUCACCCUGGCAUCUGCACUAAGACUGCCAAUUUUAACUAUAUGCUGCCCAUACAUAACCGUUAGGGAUGCACAGUGCACAAGUUAAAAGUAAACACUCUACCAGUGGAUUGUUUGGGCAAUAAAUCACAACAUUCAACUUUUUAGUAUGAAAUUAACUCCUUAGCAGUGAUCCACUGGGUCGCUGCACAUAUACAUAAUGAUCAUGCUUGUGUCAAAAUUUUGUCACCAAGGAGGUACCCUGGAGAGGCAGUCUCUUGUAUAUCAGAUAACAAAAAAUCUUGAGAUGAUGGUCACCUAGAUAGAAAGCUAACUGAUUGCUAUGUAACCUCAUCCCCCAAAUCCUGCAUAAUACACAUCAGAUCAAUGGCAACCAAGUUCACCAAUUUUGGUGGUAGUGGCUAAUGAUAAUUGGCAUGGAGCAGCCUGAAAGAGAAAGCUUCAGCAUACUAUACUUCAAAAUGCCUGGUCAUUAGUACCUUUAGGCGAUAAGAGGUGUCUGGUAAUGAUAUUCCCUCUUUCCUAUUUAGAUAAAUGGAGAGGGGGAGGGGGAGUUGCAAAAGACAGCAUUUAGCAGUCUCAUAUGGAUUUGCUGCUUUGCAUGGGACAAUAAUGGUCGCCCUAUGAUUUUUUACUGAUGGGACCUUCCCAGUGAGUAUUUAGUGUCUCUGCAGCGCCACCACUGGAGUAAUGAAGCAUUACAUGCCUCAAACUUACUGGGCUGUCUGUAUAACGUAUGGAAUGCUUUAAGUCUUUCAGAGACAGAGAUGCCCCUGUAUAGCGCUGUCUACUUUGAUGUGGAUGCUCAAAGGGCACCCAGAAAUGGGGAAUCCUGCACCUUGAGUGGAUCCACCAGUCUGUACAUUGUACAUAGUCUGCUCCUGUUACCUAUUAAUCACUGUAAGUCAAGAAGUGUUAUCACGUGCUCUAACACAUCUGGCAGCUAGAAAUCCAGCAGUAACGUUCGCUAUAUUACAUAGUAAGAGAUAUUAUGAAAGAAAGGAAAUUAAGUGUAAAAUAAAAUGGAAGAUGUUAAUGAAAUGUAUCCUGCGCACUGA